AUUUCAUUCCAGUUCCUUGUCGGAUUUUAGUUUCCUAGUUGUUUAUAUAAAACCAAAGAUCUGCUCAACUCGAAUUUUAAGCAGUAUUUAUAACAGUUUUGCGUUCUGCCAGGAGGAACUCAGUUACACAAUCUAUUCCUCGUCAAAGCAGUAGCGGUAUUUAAGUUGCAGAAUCAUGUUUGGGUAUGGUCAAAGGAAGAGUGAUAACACAAAAUACUAUGAGGUCCUUGGUGUCCCAAAGACUGCUAGUGCGGAUGAGAUGAAGAAGGCUUAUAAAAAAGCCGCCAUAAAGAAUCAUCCUGACAAAGGUGGAGAUCCGGAGAAGUUCAAGGAGCUGUCACAUGCUUAUGAAGUUCUCAGUGAUCCAGAGAAAAGAGAAAUAUAUGACCAAUAUGGUGAAGAUGCACUUAAAGAGGGAAUGGGAGGCGGUGGUGGGGGUGGUGGUCAUAACCCGUUUGAUCUAUUUGAAUCACUUUUUAAUGGAGGGUCUUUUGGUGGGGGUGGCAGCUCAAGAGGAAGAAGGCAGAAGCGAGGUGAAGACGUAGUGCAUGCUUUGAAGGUCUCCUUAGAGGAUCUAUACAAUGGGACAACCAAGAAACUCUCGCUUUCUAGAAAUGUUUUGUGUUCUAAAUGUAAAGGGAAAGGUUCAAAAAGUGGUAAUUCUGGGAAGUGUUAUGGCUGCCAAGGUUCUGGUAUGAAAAUUACAACCCGGCAGAUUGGAAUGGGCAUGAUUCAGCAGAUGCAACAAAUCUGUAAUGAUUGCAGAGGCUCAGGCGAGGUCAUCAAUGAGAAGGAUAAAUGCCCACAAUGCAAAGGUAAGAAGGUAGCUCAAGAAAAGAAGGCAGUGGAGGUGCAUGUGGAGAAAGGAAUGCAGCAUGGGCAGAAAAUAGUUUUUGAGGGUCAAGCUGAUGAAGCUCCUGAUACAGUUACAGGAGAUAUUGUGUUCGUAUUGCAACUGAAAAAUCACCCGAAGUUUGAGCGGAAGCAUGAUGAUCUCUUGGUGGAACACACUAUUACAUUAACAGAGGCCCUCUGUGGGUUUCAGUUUGCCCUUACUCAUCUUGACGGAAGGCAACUUCUGAUCAAGUCAAAUCCCGGCGAGAUCAUAAAACCUGGUCAAUAUAAAGCCAUCAACGACGAAGGAAUGCCCCAACAUAACAGGCCCUUCAUGAAAGGCAAGCUUUAUAUUCAUUUCAAUGUGGAAUUCCCAGAGUCCGGGGCUAUGUCCUCCGAGCAGUGCCGUACUAUAGAGACCAUACUGUCCACGGGGUCAAAGAAGCAGUUGACAGAAAUGGAGAUUGAUGAGUGUGAAGAAACCACUUUGCAUGACGUGAAUAUGGCAGAGGAGGACAUGAGGCGGAAGCACCAGCAACAGCAGCAGCGUUAUGAGGCAUAUGACGAAGAUGAAGAGGGGCCAUCAACGCAAAAUGUGCAGUGUGCACAGCAGUAAGCUAAAAACCACCCUUUCCAUAUAGUAUAUCUACAUCAACUCGUUACUGUGAUGAACUCUGGUAUUUUGAAUUAAAUUUUGGCUUGUUAGCCUUAUUCUUUGGAAGUUUAUUUUUCCGUGUUACAUCCAAUUUGUCGCACUUAAGUACGGUUUGUGCUGUUGAUCUGCACAAAGCUUUUUGCAGUAGGAUGUAAUUGUUGGUGUACAUCUUAAUUUAUCCUAUAUUUAACUGAUCGGGUCAACAGUCAUCUCGACACUGAA